UCCUGGCUGGAAGCCCACCGCCCCGGGGCCUGAGCUGGGGGGAGGGGGAGCUCUCCAACAGCCCCUCCAACCGGGACCCCCGCCCGGCUGCCCUCUGCGGGAGAGGGAGGGGACCCUUCCCUGCCGGGAGACCCCCCCCAUCCCGGGCGGGGCUGCCCUCCCUCCGCCUCCUCCUUCCCUGCCUGCCAGCCGUGCGAGCGGCGCCCCCGGAGCCGGCUCGGGCGCCUGCAGAAGCGGCUCUGCCGGGAAAGGGGCGGGGGGGGACCCGGUGCCGCAGCAGCGCCGCCCCGGCGGGAGGAGGCGACCCGGCCGAGGCGGAGGAGAGAAGAGCCGGGAGCCUCGGAGCGCCGCCGCCGCCGUCUUUGUCCGCAGCAGCAGCAGCAGCGCCGCCGGGAGCCGAGCCGAGCGGAGGGUCGGGCUGUCAACGGGCAUCGCCCCCUCCCGCACCGGCCCCCCCUGGGCGCGCCGGACCCCCGGCCGUCCCCCGCCGCUCCGGCCCCGCGGCCUGGCCGCGCUCCCCUCCCCGGGCCGGCGAGCAGCGAUGCCGGGCGGCGGGCGCGGGGUCCGGCGGGGGAGCCCAGUUCUGUGACGCAGCCGCCGCCGCCCCCUCCCCGGACAACUGAUGCUGGCUUUGUAGGAGUGCAGUCACAAAGAUGACAACUGUUGUGGGCUCCUGAGACCAGGCUGGCCGGCAAGGGGGGUCUGGCCGGCCCCUUCGGAGAAGGGUUGCUUUCUGGCGCAUCCGCACGGCCCAUCGUCCUCUCCCGCCCUCCUCUGCGGUGAGCCGGGAUGCUUUGACCCUCCCCUGCCGCAACUCCGUCAACGUGUCGAGGCCCUCCCUCCCGCUCGUGGCCAUGCCACCCCGGCCCUCCUCCGGGGAGCUAUGGGGGCUCCACCUCAUGCCCCCACGGAUCAUGGUGGACUGCUGCCUGCCCAACGGGAUGAUGGUCACCCUGGAAUGCCUGCGGGAGGCCACGCUCCGGGGCAUCAAGCAGGACCUAUUCAAGGAGGCCAGGAAGUAUCCGCUCUUCCACCUGCUGCAGGAGGAAUCGUCCUACAUCUUUGUGGGGGUCACCCAAGAAGCCGAACGGGAGGAAUUUUUUGACGAGUCUCGUCGUCUCUGUGACCUGCGCCUCUUCCAGCCCAUCCUGAAGGUGGUGGAGCCCAUGGGAAACCGGGAGGAGAAGAUUCUCAACCGGGAGAUCGGGUUUGCCAUCGGGAUGCCCAUCUGCGAAUUUGAGCUGGUGAAAGACCCCGAGGUGCAGGAAUUUCGGCGCAACAUCCUCUCCAUCUGCCGUGAAGCGGUGGAGACGAGAGGGUCAACGGGACCCCAAAGCCAGGCCUUGUACGUCUACCCCCCCAACGUGGAAUCCAGCCCUGACCUGCCCAAACACCUGUACAGCAAGUUGGACAAAGGUCGGAUCAUAGUGACCAUUUGGGUUAUUGUGUCCCCAAACAACGACAAACAGAAAUACACCCUCAAGACGCCCCACGACGCGCUGCCCGAGCAGGUGAUCGCCGAGGCCAUCCGGAAGAAGACCCGCAGCAUGCACCUCUCACCCGAACAGCUGCGCCUUUGCGUGCAGGAGUACCAGGGCAAAUACUUGCUCAAAGUCUGCGGCUGCGAUGAGUAUUUGCUGGAGAAGUACCCCCUCAGCCAGUACAAGUACAUGAGGAACUGCAUCGCCAUCGGCCGCCUGCCCCACCUGAUGCUGAUGAGCAAGGAGAGCCUCUACAGCCAACUGCCGGCCAACGUCUUCGUGCUGCCCUCGUACGCGCGCCGGUCAGCCACCUCCUCGCACGUGAACGGAGACGUGCCCACCAAGUCCCUCUGGUCCAUCAACAGCCUCCUGCGCAUCAAGAUCCUGUGCGCCACCUACGUGAACGUGAACAUCAGGGACAUAGAUAAGAUCUAUGUCCGGACGGGAAUUUUCCACGGUGGCGAACCGCUUUGCGAUAACGUCAACACUCAGCGCGUGCCGUGCUCGAACCCUCGGUGGAACGAGUGGCUUUCGUACGACAUCUACCUGACCGACCUGCCGCGUGCGGCACGCCUUUGCGUGUCCAUCUGCUCCGUCAAGGGCCGGAAGGGGGCCAAGGAGGAGCACUGCCCCCUGGCUUGGGGCAACAUCAACCUGUUUGACUACAAGGACACCCUGGUGGCUGGCAAGAUGGCCCUCAACCUGUGGCCGGUCCCCCACGGCCUGGAGGACUUGCUGAAUCCCAUCGGAGUCGGGGGCUCCAAUCCAAACAAGGAGACCCCGUGCCUGGAACUGGAAUUCACCUGGUACAGCCACCCGGUGAAAUUUGCCGACGCUACCGAAAUCGAGGAACACGCCAACUGGGCCAUGUCGCGGGAGCUGGGCCUCAACUACUGUAUGGUGGGCUUGAGCAACCGCCUGGCCCGCGACAGCUCAUUGGAUGAGAGCGAACUGGAGCAGCUGCGCAACGUCUGCAACCGGGACCCCCUGUCAGAGAUCACGGAGCAGGAGAAGGACUUCCUUUGGCGCCACCGGCACUACUGCCUCAACAUCCCCGAGACCCUGCCCAAAUUGCUGCUGUCCGUCAAGUGGAAUUCGCGAGACGAGGUGGCCCAGAUGUACUGCCUCCUGCGGGAAUGGCCGCUGAUCAAGCCGGAGCUCUCCAUGGAGCUGCUGGACUGCAACUUCCCGGAUCCAGUCAUCCGCGAGUUCGCCCUGAAGUGCCUGGUCAAGGGACUGACCGACGACAAGCUCUCCCAGUACCUCAUCCAGCUGGUGCAGGUCCUCAAAUACGAACAGUACCUGGACAAUCCCCUGGCCCGCUUCCUCACCAUGAAGGCCCUCACCAACCAGCGGAUCGGCCAUUUUUAUUUCUGGCAUCUAAAAUCGGAAAUGCACAGCAAGCCGAUCUCCCAGCGCUUCGGGCUGAUGCUGGAGGCCUUCUGCCGGGGCUGCGGGAUGUACCUGAAGCACCUGAACCGGCAGGUGGAGGCCAUGGAGAAGCUGAUCAACCUGACCGACAUCCUGAAGCAAGAGAAGAAGGACGAGACGCAGAAGAUGCAGAUGAAGUUCCUGGUGGAGCAGAUGAGGCGGCCGGACUACAUGGAGGCCCUGCAAGGCUUCAUCUGCCCGCUCAACCCCGUCCACCAGCUGGGCAACCUCCGGCUGGACGAGUGCCGGAUCAUGUCCUCGGCCAAGCGUCCCUUGUGGCUCAACUGGGAGAACCCGGACAUCAUGUCCGAACUGCUCUUUACAAACCACGAGAUCAUCUUUAAGAACGGAGACGAUCUCCGACAGGACAUGCUGACCUUGCAGAUCAUACGGAUCAUGGAGAGCAUGUGGCAGAACCAAGGACUGGAUCUCCGGAUGCUGCCCUCCGGCUGCCUCUCCAUCGGGGACUGUGUGGGGCUGAUCGAGGUGGUCAAGAGCUCCUACACCAUCAUGCAGAUCCAGUGCAAAGGGGGCCUGAAGGGGGCGCUCCAGUUCAACAGCAACGCCCUCCAUCACUGGCUGAAGGACAAGAACAAGGGCGAAGGGUACGACGCGGCCAUUGACCUCUUCACCCGCUCCUGUGCGGGCUACUGUGUGGCCACCUUCAUCCUGGGCAUUGGGGAUCGUCACAACAGCAACAUCAUGGUCAAGGACGAUGGGCAGCUCUUCCACAUUGACUUCGGACACUUCCUGGACCACAAGAAAAAGAAAUUUGGGUACAAACGGGAGCGGGUGCCCUUCGUCCUGACCCAGGACUUCCUCAUCGUCAUCAGCAAAGGGGUGCAGGAGUGCACUAAGACCAAAGAGUUCGAGAGGUUCCAGGAGAUGUGCUACAAGGCCUAUCUGACCAUCCGCCAGCACGCCAACCUGCUCAUCAACCUCUUCUCCAUGAUGCUGGGCAGCGGGCUUCCGGAGCUGCAGUCCUUCGACGACGUGACCUACCUGCGCAAGACUCUGGCGCUGGACAAGACAGAGCAGGAGGCCCUGGAGUACUUCACCAAACAGAUGAACGAGGCCCACCACGGCGGAUGGACCACCAAGAUGGACUGGAUCUUCCACACCAUCCGGCACAUGCCGCUGAGCGAGGCCAGCCACGACUGACCUCAGGGAGGGUGAUAUGGACCCUCGCUCGGGCAGGGCAGCCCCUUCCGGAGCCCCCUUGAUUUGUCAGAGACCCCCUUGGGUCCGUGUCCUCUCUUGGGACCAGCCGAGAAGAUCUGGUGGACCCGGAGAAGAUCAAGGAAUCAGGGCGGACCUGAGUUUUCUGCCCUCCGAGCCCCCUCCGAGCCCCCCAGGACAGUGAUCUCGAGUGGGAUCACAGCCUCCUCCAAGCAACAAGGGGCUUUUCUCUGCGUUCAACCCCAGAGACCAUCGCUCUGUGCUCAGAGACCCUUCCUCAACCCUGCCCUGAAGCUUCCUGGGAAAAGCGAGGGUGCUGCA